AUUCGAAUUUUUUUGAUUUGUUUGGUUUUUAUAAGUGAAAAAAUUAUGUCGGAAAAAAGUGAAUCAGAAAAAGAAAAAUCCCUCCAAGAUACUGAUGAUACAAAAGGUGGAUCAGCCGCUGUCGUUGCUGAUACAACUUCUGAAUCGAAAGUUGAUGAAACAAAUGCUGCAAGUGCUACUACGGCUGCUACAUCAUCACAAUCACCUACAGGUCAACCGGAAGAAUCGCCUUCUUCAGUGGAACAACCACAAAGUGAUGUUGAAUCUGAAAAAGCUGAUCAAGUUGAAACUCAACAGUCAGAAAAAUCUAUUGAUGGCAAUGAAAGUCAAAGAGAUGAUGGUGAAGAAUCGGAUCAAAGAUCACAAACAGAAGAAACUUCAUCGAAAACAUCAACUGAACAAAAAACCACUGCAAGUCGUGGUCCAGUUAUGCGUCGUCGUCGUAAAGGAGAAAAGGUUACAGAGAAAAAUGUACGAAUUGGAUUUAUUGGUGCCGGUAAAAUGACUGAAGUUAUUGUCAAAGGUUUACUUGAAGUGGCACCCGCUGAUGGUAGCGAACGUAUUAAUCCGAAGCAAAUUUUUGUGGCAUCAAAAAGUGGUAAAAAUCAUGACAAUUACAAACGGCUAGGAUGUUAUGUUACGAAAAGAUCGUAUGAUAUAUUUGGACGCAUGGAUUGUGAUAUUGUAUUUCUUGCUGUACAUGGUUAUGUAAUACGACAAUGUUACAAAAGUGGUGGCAUUCGCCCGUUAGCAUUGACAACGAAUUUCAUACCGAAUCAACGACAUCCGUUGUACAUAUUGUCGUUGGUUGGUGGCAUUCCAUUGAACGAUAUUAAACGAACAUUGUUGAAUCCGGAUCAUCCGGAAAAAUAUCGUGUUGAAAUGCAUCGAAUAAUGUUGAAUCAUGGCGUAGCAUAUGGCCUGGGCAUUGGUGCCAUCGAUGUUGAACCUGAUUCAAAACAUUGUGCCGGAAUUAUUCGUAAUAUUCUUUGUCGAAUCAGUCGCUUGGAAACGAUCGGAGAAAAUCAUAUGGAUAUUGCCUGUGCAGCUGGUGGUUAUGGAUCAACAUUUUGUUAUUAUUUUAUGGCUGCCGUCGCUGAUGGUGCAUUCAAAAAAGGAUUGCCCAAACAUUUGGCUACAAAAAUUGCUGCACGAACAUUACAAUCGGCUGCUGCAUCGAUAAUUGAAUCGGGAAAAAAUCCCAAUGAUCUUCGUGAUGCUUGUACAUCGCCAAGUGGACCGGCUAUUUAUGGUCUUCAUGUAUUGGACAAAGCUGAUUGUGCAUCCGGAUUCGCAGCUGCCGUUGAAGCAGCUUAUCAACGAAUCAAAGAACUAGCUGAAAAUCCACCAGCAUAAAUAUUUUCUCUUUUUGCCCUUUGUUUUGUGUUGUGUUGUUGGCUUGAAAGAAAUUGAAAUUGAGAAUUACAAA